AUGGACUUUUCGCUUCAGGACAACAUCGAAAGGGACGACUCUCCCGACGCCCUCGCCCCCGAGUCAAAAAAGAAAAUCCCCCGCGAGCUCACCGCGCACGGCACCACGCCCUCGGGUAAGCCCAGGCUCUUUGUUUGCAACACAUGUACCCGGGCGUUUGCCCGUUUGGAGCACUUGCGCCGCCACGAGCGGUCCCAUACAAAGGAGAAACCUUUCACUUGCGGAGUGUGUCAGCGUAAGUUUUCCCGAAGAGACUUGCUCUUGAGACACGCCCAGAAGUUGCACGCGGGUUGCGCUGAUGCCAUUACUCGCUUGCGCAGAAAGCUGAUUAAACUGAACUCCAUCCUGCUGGCCCUGGGCGAGUCCUACGACGAUGCUCUCUUGCUGCAGUCGCCGUACCAAAAGGACUACGCUGAGGCUACUCAGGGCGCUGGCGUCGUGGGCUCCAAGGCCAACGCCUCCGCUGCCAUUCCAACCCCAGGCAACUCCCACCGCGGCUCCUUGGACAGCAUCCAGUUCAACUUGAACUUGUUCAACCCGGCGCUGGCCUCGCGCAAGGUGAAAAAGGACGUUAAGACUCCGCAACUCUCGCGUAAUCCUUCGCUUAAGGACUCCAGCUUGCAGCGCCAGAUGUUCGACCGCAGGAAGAGCAAUAGGGGGAGAGGUGCAUCCUUCUCUGCCCAGUCGGGUGGCAACUACGCCAUGGCCAUGCCCGAGUACAAUGACUCCUACCCUGGCGCCGACAAUGUCGAGUUCUCCACUCCUCAGUUACUUCCUUCUACCAUGGGCGAUGACAACUCAUGGCUAAGUAACUUAUCCACGAUACCCGGAAUGGAGAACUCCCACAAAUCUGGCCCAUCCCGCACGCGGGACGAGUCCAUCACCUCUUUGUCGUUGGACAAUCAUGACUUGCAAAAUCCUACUUUCCAGAGCAUGAUGCGCUCAGACAGUAUCACCUCCACAGGGUCGUUCCACAACAUGGACGCAGCCACUCCAAGCCAGCCUCCGUACCCUUCACAGAAUGGAAGCUUCAGCAAACCAUCAAGAAAUGAACCUCAGAUCAACAGGCAGAGCGACGGUGAUAUGGGCUACUCUUUCUACGGCAUUCCUGAGAGUAUGAUGACAAAAAUGCAAGGCGUACCUAAAAUGAACCAGCCCCUCUCACCGAUCAAGCAGGAACUUGACGAUGAGCUCAUGGACUUGGACAAUGGUAACUCGUUCGAUGCCAUGCACAGCAUGAACAUCCCCGCUGCCAUCACGAAUGGAGUGAACUUCGACUUGAACUUCCUCAAGGAUUUCGACGAACUCACCCAGGAUUUUGAUGUUGGCUCGAAGUUCUUGCCCAAUGGCUAUUCUUUCUACGGUGAUGUCCAGUCAGUGUCGUCCUCGGGUAUCGACUCUACGCCUCCACCUCAGCUUCUUUCUCCAUCUGGAAACAGUGGAAGCCAUCAUUACUCACAGUACGGCCAGUCCCAUCAUGACGAAAAUGCCUUACAGGCAGGUGAUUCGAGAAGUGCCUCUGACGGUGGUUACAGCAGGACGAAUUUGUUCACGAGAAACAUCAGAUACAUGAUCAACAAGUCCUUGAGCAAGUACCCUAUCAGCGGCAUCAUGUCUCCGUCCAUUCCUUCGAAUGAGAAAUUGGAACAGUACUUGCAGAACUUUGUUAGUAUGUUCCUCUCCCACUUUCCUUUUAUCCAUCCUUCCAAGCUCAAUGAAUACGAGAUUAUGAGCAUGACGUCUAAUGAGCCCAUGAGUAACGAGAGCGCUCGUGUGUGUAUGCCGCUUUUGGUUGCCACUAUCGGUGCAUUGCUUGCGAACAACAAGAACGAUUCUGAACACCUUUACGAAGCUUCUCGUCGUACUAUCCAUAUCUAUUUGGAAAACAGAAAGAACUCUGCUGGUGAUAUUAUCGGAGCUUCUCAAAGUCCAACACAGACAGUUAAUCCACUCUGGUUGAUCCAGUCCCUCACUUUGUCUGUGAUUUAUGGAUUGUUCUCCGACAACGAAAACAACGUUUACAUUGUCAUCAGACAGCUUAAUGCCUUGAACUCAUUGGUGAAGACUUCCAUCAAAAGCAACAGAAAAAUUCUUUUCAGCAUCAGUGGAGAAGAUGAGGAGUUUUUCAAAAUCAUCCACGAAGGCGGUACAGCUGAUAGAAACAUGUCUAUGAUAAGCGAAGAGAAAAAGGGUGAGGUGUUCUUCAAGAACAAUAUCAGUCUUCAAUCUCAGGCAAGAAUCGUAUUCAUGAUUUACAAAUUGACCAACUUUAUCUUGAUGACCUACAACGUCCCGCUUACAUUGAGUAUCAAUGACUUGGGUAGUUUGACUUGUCCCAACACUCACGAUGAAUACUUGUGGAGCUUCAGAAAUUACACCGAAUUCACUAAUUACCAAAAGGCCACGGACACCCCACAUGGUAUCGAUUUCUACUUGAGCAAAAAUGAGCACAAUUCCAUCGUUUUUAAGGACCUUUUGUUUAAGCUCCUGAAGAAUGACAAUAAUCCCUCGCUUGUUUCUCAAUUGUCGAACCUCAGCAAGUAUGGAUUUACUUCCAUUGCUCACGGUAUUUAUGAGAUGAAGCAGUAUGACGAGAUGAAAUACAUUGAUGUCUUCUCGAUCUUGGAUAGCUUAACGAUGUUCGUCGACAAUUCCAAGAACAAUUCGGACACGAGAAUCGUCAAGGAUGCGUCAUUGGACUUCGAAAAGCAGGACUAUGCUUUGCUUGUCAGCUUCAUCAAGAUCAGUUCGACAAUCGACUUUAAGCUCGUCAAGGAACAGAGCUGGCUCAAGAACUUUGACGAACUCACAAAGAAUUAUCACAAGUUUUUGAAUUCCGCUAACUCUGUGGAUGACGUUGAAUUCUUGAAGGUAAUUGAUUGCUGCAUUCUCAUCAUCAAGCUCAUUUUGUUCAAGACUGAGGACAGAGGUCAAGACAAGGAUGUCAAUGGUCUUCAAUUUGGUGACAACAGCUUGCUGCAUCAGUACAAUUCUUGUGCAGACUUUGAGAAGAUGAUGGGUUGGAAAAUCAACGAUGAGGUUGACAUCACCAAGAACUCGGUUCAUUCACAGAUGUUGUUCCAUGUCUUCACGAUACUUUCAGUGUUUGCCAUCUUCAUUGCCAAGAGAAACCGUGGUCAGAAUGAUCUCGCCAACUCUGACAAGCCCACAUACACUAGUCAGCUCAACCAGCGCUUCAUGGUUGUUCUCCGUGUGCUUGCAAGAAUUGAGCAGUUCUUGAAGACCAAGUACCGCAAUUCGAAGCAUGAAUCCGAUCUCACUAAUCUUUACUUGUUUUCAUCGUUUAACAACGACAGUCUACUCAUGGACAGCACUGACUUCAUGCAUGACGAUAGUGCUAUGGAGCAGCUUGUCAACUCUCACGAGAACUACUUCGCUUUCAGUUUGGAAAAAGCACUUUACGUGCUCAAGAUUGGAGAGCUCAUGUUGCGCUACUUGUACGAUACAAACAUCAAGGUUUGCAUCUUUAGAAAGUUGAGUGGAAGUCUUCUGCAAAUGAGGAAGUUCUUGAUCGACAACGAAAGUCGGGUCCUUACUUGA